CAGACCGGCCACCUGCCUACCAACCCUGUCUGCUCCACGACGCUUCCCAGUAUUCGAGCGAUCGCUAGAACUCGCGCACGCAAUUCCUUCGGCCGGGGAUGUGCGUAGAUCGCGCCAUCGCAUCGACACACAUCGUACUACGGAACUACGUGCGACCUAACGUAGUGGCAACGUGCUCGAGGUGACGUGCCGUGUCUCUGUAACCGUGUCCGUGUCCGUUUUCGUGCUCUUUGCCCCCGUGUUCGGUACACGCCACCCCCAAAAUUUCCACCCAACUACGAUACAGGACCGCGAGAAGUCACUGUCGCCGUCGUACGUCGCCUGUUCGUAACGCCACCGCUUACCCGAGCUAUGGAUCCGCCGGAAGUCACUGUGCUGGUAUCCUACGAGUGCCCCUAAAGGACACGAUCCUUGUGCAAUCGCGACGGAUGUCGGAGAUGCUACGAAUUCUCAACUUCCUCGUCAGCAGGCCUUUUAACUUCGUAUCGCAGGUUUCCACUGAAAUCUUUCAGCUUCGAUUUCGGUUUAUGCGACACGAUGCGACGUUUCCCAUUUCUUUUUGCUAUUUAAUCACGCCGUCUUAUUUGGAAGAGAUGCCGGAUGGAAGUUUGGAUGAUUCGAGAGGAGACUCGAAAUCGCCAAGUUCGUAAAAGGUCAAAGAUAUAGGUUGUAUCGUACUUGAAAAUUACAAUUCGAGGUGCAUGUUGGGUAUUUCGAGGAUGAUUAAUGACCUUGUCGAAGUAGACUCCAUAUAAACGGUAUUUGUGGUCGUUUACAUGAGAAAGCACGUUAACGUUUACCGGCUUUAAUAGGUCAAACGAGGUGCCGUGCACUCUUUGCGCUUGACUUUCGCAGGCAACGAUGCUCGUUUCGAUUCCCCGUCAGCGUUUCUCUUCUUAAAGAUAUUACCAACGAUGCGAAAAUUUGCAACUUUCGUCGAGUCGAUCGUUGCACGUUAAAGAAUUGCAAUCGCUCGUUGUAUGAGAAGAGUCGUUAGAGGCAUUGCAGAAGAUACGAAGAUUUUCAACUUUCAUCAAGUCGAUCGUUACACGAUGAGGAAUUUUUAUCGUUCAUUGUAUCGGAAGACUCGUUAAGGACGUUAUAGAUAGUACGAAAAUUUGCCACUUUCGUCAAAUCGAUUAUAGUAAGAUAAGAAAUUUUGGUCGUUCGUUAUACCGGAAGACUUAUCAAAGAUACCGAAAGCUCUGCGAAAAUCCGCAAUUUUCUUCGGAUCUGUUAUUAAACGAUUUCACAGAGAUCUCGAUCGGAUAGAAAGAAAAUCACUUUAUUGGAAUUACGUGUUUUGCCGCGUCUCGAUCGACUUGGAAAGUAUUUUUUAACCUAAUCAAACUUUCGAUGCAAGCAUCAACCAACAAGAAACUAGUAAUCAAAGCUUGCAGGAUAAAGGGAGAAACACGUGCUAAUCGCAUUAACGAACUUCGCUAAUACAGAAGUGACUGUUUACACGUACCUCGACGUUCAACCCCUGAUCCUGUUAAGCCGAGAAAUAAAAUCGUUUUCUCGUGAUUUUGUCGUCUCUUCGACUGCGGUUAACGAAACCAACGAACCAAGUACUAUUUGUUCGAACGAUGCGAUACGGUGCGAAUAAGACUGGUAACGAGUGAACGUGGAUAAUUACCGUAUUAUCGAAUGAAUUUUUAUCGUAGAUUUCACAGUGAUAAUUCAGAGUGAUAGCCUCCCUCGAUCUUUGCUUCUUGACAUCCGCCCCCUUCUCCUCUCCCAGUUUCGACAACAUACUUGACACAAACACGGGCCACCGGUGUUUCACAGCGAACGCUGCCUGACAUGGCUACGUGUUUCGACCAAUCUUCGUUUCGCGCUUCACAAAGGAACGAGGUCAUUAGGUACGCGAGAAACCAGGAAGGGUCGAGGGAAGUUGGUCACGCGAGAAUAAGCUGCCGCAGCACUUUUGUCGGGGCCUUUCUUUUAUUUCGGAAGGAUGUCACCACGGUCAAUCCUUCGUAGUUGGAUAUUUCUAUCGAGUCGACGCUCUCCGAACUGUACGAUCGAUCGAGAUCGCUCGCCAAUUUCUUUCAAUGGGUAGCUGUUAUGCGAACGAUCGAGUGGAACGUUUAUAUUGGAGUCAACGGUUUCGAAGCCAUAGGAGAAUGGACGUUUUAAUGCGAUUGAAACGGUUGACAAUCCGAUCUAUCGCUUCUGGUCACUCGUAAACCGAUUGCAACGGUACUAAUUCUGGUAAAUCGUCACCUACGAUGGAGGCAGAAAUCGAAUUCGGGGAGCGAAUUCUACAGAACUGCACUCGCCAAAUUAAAUACGAACUCGUCAACUUGUUAAAGAGUACAAUUUUUUUGAUAACUGUUGUUAGAUAAUGUGCACCGACGGUGAAUCGUCGAUCGAUUAAACCAAAGGUAGAAGUUGGUCGAAGUAAGAGAAAGGGAAAGCGCUUAUUAAGGGAUCGUCCGGCAUAUUUUUUAUUCGUGCUUAAAAAGAUCCUUAAACAGAGAUCGAGUUCGAGGUAAUAGAUCGAGCUGCUGUUCAAAUUCCUACGACGAAACGAAAUACACCGCGUCAAAAUACAGAGGGAAGCGUAAACUAAAAGAUAAGAAUAAUUUUGAUCCCGACGUAACGACCUUCUUUUUUAAUUAAACGAGUCGCUUAUCUCAUUCCCACGCGAUGGUUGAAAUUUUAAUGUACAAGAUAGAAGAAUACGAAAAGAAAGUUUUUCACAGUUGCUCGCUUCCAAUUGGGGCAAUUAGGUUUCUCGAAAACGAACGGUCACGAAAAAUGAAGUUAACCCGAUGAAACAAAGGUUAUUCCGCCAAAAAGGAAACGAAAAAUUAUCUUUAUAUUUAUGGAAGACUUACUCGGACGUCAUUCGUGUUAAUGGGAAGCUACUCUAGCGAAUGCUACUUGGGCGAAGAAAAAGAAGAAGAAGAAGAAAAUAAGAAGCAGAAGGAAAUACGAAUAAAGACCGUAUUAUUAAUGGUCUAAUGACUUCUCCGGUGAACCCCAUUGAUCGUGGAUCAUUACGGAAUUACAAGGCACGAAACGUGCAAGAUUCGUGUUUUCUUUCUUCCGAGAGCUAUCAGAUGUGACGUUAAAUCGACAAGUAUAAUUUGCGUGGGAAAUUGCGAAACGUCCUCGUUUGGUCGACGCGUUUCCUCAGAUACGAAGGAUGAAAGCGAAGCUGCGGAAUAGAGAAAGAUAAUCAGCUUCAUGUUGUCCCGAUUUAUACGAGAGCUUUCAGUGGAUAGUGUCGUGGAAGAAAGAGGAAAGAAGAAGGUGGGGUCGAACUCUAGCGUGUCGGUUUUGUGACCGUUUGCUCAGCGGGCUUUGGAAAAGUCCCGCGACGGUUCCUAUUACAAAGUGGUCACCAUCGAGGGUGGUGAACGUAAUGUGACAACUGUAGGUGAAGAGAUGACGGUGACUCCGUCGACUUCCGAUGUCGCUGACAAGGCAGUCUCGACGGACGAUGGUGGCAGUGGAAUGGAGGUGGCACGUCUCGAAGCCGUCCUCGCUGCUCUGGUGGAAACGAAGGUGGAGGCGAUUAAAGCUUCCUCGGCUUUGAGCAAGCGUUCCGGUAGCGCACCGGCUAGUCCUCGUCGGCUUAGACUGACUUCAACAUCGACUGCCUCCUCUUCGCUGAAUCACCAACAUCGAAGAAAGGGUCAUCAUCAUCAUCAUCAUCACCAUCACCAUCAUCACCACCACCAUCAUCAUCGUAAGAGGCACGAUUCCGCUCCGUGCAACGACUUCAUUGGAGACGCUACGGAACAUCACGAACAUAAUGUCCAUCACGGUAAAACGAGGCGACGAGCAUCGGAAAGUCCACGACGUCCGAGGAAAAAGCGCAAACACUCGAAAAGCCCGAAUAUUCUUCACGGCGUAGUACAGGACGUCCAAACGGGUCUUGAUUCGCGUUUAGAACUUUUUGGAAUGGACGGUGAUCAGGAUCUUGCAUUGAUAAACUUCGAGAGAACUCGAGAAACUCUCAGCGAUUCCUGCGAAUACUCGCAGUUGCACCGAAGUGCCUCCUACUUUCCCCAAAGUACAGCUCAAUUAAAGAUCCACUACGACGACGACGAUUAUGUGGCGUUGAACAUAGCGGACGAGCUGGAAGAAGAGGAGAUCUUGAGCGGUACCGAAAAGAUCGAGGCACCUCGGGCGAAAUAUCAUCGGCCCCGCAGAAAGAGGAAACGGAAACGACGUAAAGUUAUCAAUACGGGUCCUCAAGAAGAACUCGUUGACCCCGAAGAACUUCCACCACGCGCUCGUUGGACGAUCGUUGCGACAGCCUGCCUCCUUCUUACAAUGUCUUUACUCUUAGUCGGAGUUACGCUCAGAAUGGCACCAAUCAUCGACGAUAUGGUGCGCAGAGAGAACGAGGAACUGUUGAAUUCUCUGAACAGAGUUUUCGUGACCGAAAACUCGACAAUGCCUCUCUAAAGAAGACGUUCUAAGGCAAAAGAAUGGCUUGUUUUGAUGCGCCUUUCGAAGAAGUUUGGCAAGACGACAGAAGAAAAAGAGAGCGGAAGAAGCGGAAAAGUAUCGCGAGGAAAAGCUUAACUUCCAAGUGCCAGGAUCGGAGGUCGUUUCUCAAAAGCAGGCAAAGUUUUAUUACGAUUCCAUUUUACCCGAAACAUCUUAGAUAUAGCGGGAAACAGGUCGAAUUUAAUUUGUCAAUGUCGACGCGGCACGAGGCCAAUUUUUCGACUCGACCGAUAAAAUACGAAUUUCGAACUAUCCGUACAAUCGGAUAGAGUCCUAUAAUUUUAACCUCGUUGUUUCGAACGUACGUCCAUCUCUCUUUUUCAUUCAAUUAUAUAAUUUGGAGGACAUUCUCGGAAAGAGUCAAGUAUAGGUAUAAUCGCGUCGAGAAUGAAAAAAGCGUAUUAAAGAAAAUGACGAAAAUCUGAAAAAAAAUUUACUCGCGAUCAUCGUACAUACAUACGUCGCCUUUGUUAGCUCGUUAUUGUUAUUGGCGCGGUAAAUGGAUGACCGUGUGAGCCUUGUUACGAUGUAUGAAACUGCGCUGUACGUUCUUUCAAUGCACGAAAAUUUUAUUCGAAAUAACAAAUGUAAUCCGACUCGUUUUGCGGAAUAGAUUUCGUAUACCGACAACGAAAAGAGAUGUUUAAAAGACGUUCGUGAAACUCGAUUUAAAUUCCUUGUUGGAAAAAGAAAUCAAAAUAUCGGUAUUUCUAGCGUUGUUCUAUGGAUACGUGUAAAUGACAGUUUGUUACAGAUUUCCCUUUACGUUUAUUCUUAUUUCGUUUCAAGGUAUUACAUUAGUGAACGAAGUUAGAUAAUAUUAUUUUUUUUUUUUUUUUAGUUGUAUAACACUAGAUUAAAAUCUAUUUCAAUCGUGAUUUACUAGCUUUAAGUGUUAUAUAGUAAUUCACAUGAAAUUAUUAAUGAUUAAGGAAUAAAAUUAUGGAUUUAUCUAUCCCUUUUUUUAAAUCGUUAGUCUUUCGAUCGUGCAAAUUUAUUUUCGCGUAGGACUGCAAUGUAUUUUUAGAAUUUUCAUUGUAAAAGUCUUCCACUUUAGAGGAAAUUAACGUGACAAAUAGUUGUUAAGAAGAGAAACUGCUCGGUUCCUUUUUCCCAAGGAAUGUACUCAUGAAUGACAGAUCUUUCGAAUUAAAUAUUUAUUACGAAGCAUUGAUCGUUAGAAAAGUAGCCAGAGUAAUCGUUGUUGUCAAUUGUUUGUAAAAUACAAGCUGUCGGAUGUUUGGAGAAAGGGCGUUCAUUAAAGAAUUGUAUUAUCUUAAUAUCGCUUUAAGGGGAAUUUAAACGAGAUUUAGUUAACAAGAAUAUUAUCGCGAUUAAAAAAUUUCUCUGCUCGACAGCAUUCUCGUAUUCAAAACUUAUUAAUUUUAACGAUCAGAGAAUGGUCUUCUUUGCAAAACGGUUAAACGAAUAUAAUUAUUUGUUCUCCUACGCACUUAUAUAUUUUACCGUACGUAUAUGCACACAGAGUUAAUUUCUAUAAAAAAAUUCUAUGAAAUAAUCGCGACAAUUUUCUUGUUAAUACAUGCAAUUCACCCUUGGAUAAUAGUAUUAUAUCGUGGUAGAUGUAAUUAUCGCACGCAUAAUUGAAAUCGUGCAAAAUAAUACAAAUAUAAUGUCCGAGAUGACAAAUUUAUCGAUGAUUAUAAUGUUUGAUUUUGAUUGUUUGUCCAUAAGACGCAUAUCAAGAUCGGCUGCGUACCAAUGAAACAAUAGCUUUAUCGCAACUACAUUAUUCGAGGAAAUCUUAUGCAUGUCACAUUUCUUAUCGUCAUUCGAGAUUUAGUCGCAGUCAAAGGACGAAUUUGAUCAUUGGCAAGCAUCGUUUAACUACGAUAUAAGCCGGUAGUUUCUGAGACCUCGCCUUUUAGAAAUAAUAAUUUAACAAGUAAAACGUAACUCUGAAUUUUGCCAAAAAGAUAUCGUAAAUCGUGAAAGGAACGUUCGACACGAUGUAACGAUUAAUUGAUUAAUUGUCGAAACGAUGGAUUGAAACGAUGUCGUACGAGAAUUCGAUUUAAGAGGAAUUAAUUGAUAAUUGACGUGAUGCAUUACUAUUUUUCUCGAUCGAAGCAAAUCGAUCUUUCACGAAUUCAACUCGUGCGAAAUACGACACGUGUGUGAUUCCGCUCAAUCCGAACAAGUCGAAAUAAAAGUUACUUUUCUAGUGUAUACGCAAUUAAUUCGCAUUGUACGUAUACACCAUUACUAUUGAUUAAAAAUCGAAAAUAAUAUCAAUGAAAAAAAACAUAUAUAUAUAUCGAUACGUGUAAUUUGUUACACGAAGAAUAAAACGAUAUCGAAAUAAUCGUGUCGAAAUAUGAACGAACCGUAAAAGAUAAUGUUUACUAGGUUAUAAUUCAUACGUACUUUGUAAUAUCGAAUAAUACGCGUUAUUAGAGAUUAACGAUAUAUGUUAUAUGAAUAUUUAGUUUAGCAUAAAAUAUUAGCAAUCACACUGUGAAAUGAUAUUUAAGCAUAAUUCGAUAAAUGAAUUGUUUUAUCCAUCGAUACUCGACCAAUUUCUAUCUUGUCAAUUCUUGUCUUUUACGCCGAAUUAUCAAUUUUGCUAAUAUACUAUUUCUCUUAUUAUUCUAAAGGCAGCCGUCCUCAGGAAAUGUUGCUCUUCUCAGGAGACGGAAAGGUCGAACAGGCAAGCUUAUGUCGCGAGAUUCUUCGAAAUUAAAGAUCAUAUUCAGAGAAUCAUUUGUUCAUAGAAUAUUUCAUUACGUUAUUAAAUUGAGAAAAAAUUUUACGUAAUAGCUCUGUAAGUCUUUUCUCCACUGUAAGCUUUUUGUUCCUUAUGAGAUCAUUUUAUCACUUCUUUCGAUUGUCAGUAGCAGAGCCUUUCAAACUAAUAGUCAAUUCUUCAUCAUCGAUUCUUUAAAUGUAUUUGUUAAGAUCGAUUCGAUAUUAUUUUUAUGGUCGUAAAGGCACUCUCUGAAUAUGCAUCCCAGCGCAUUCUAUCGAAAUUGUUGAAUAGAUAAGUUAAAUUUUUAAAGUAUAGCACUCUUUAAAGAAAUGUUGUAUAGAAAACAAUGGCCGAUUAUCGAGGUAUUAUCGAAGCUUUCGAAAAUGUAUUUGCGUCGCACAAUCCAUCAUCGAUCCUGCUCGUCGAUAUUUUCCAAUAUCUCGUAGGGCUAGGUGAUUGUAUCUCGAAAAACAAGGGAUUAUCGACCUCGUAAGAUGAUUUUUUAUCUUCUCUUCUUUACGUGAAAAUCGAAAAUUCAAUCGUGACGAGUACAAUUCUCGACGACCCGUUGCACUUUGUUAGACGACGAGUAAAACGUUGUUACGAACAGCGAGUGUAAUCAUCGGUACUUACGCUAGCUACGUGUAGAGUUACAACUGUAAUCGUAGAUCGUUCGUACAUUCUGGCCGGCAUUGUCGAGACAAUUUCGCGGUCAAUAUGUUUAGUAGGCCAUCGCUAUAGAUAUUUAUCGUGCGCAUUUUCUAAAAAAAAAUAUAAGACCCGUUUUUCUACUUGAAAUCCAUCUGGAUAUUUUCGCUAUUACGAAUAAGCAACAAACGUUAAGUUAUUGAUUUCUGACACAGAACACGGUUUAACAUCAAAGAGCAAGAAGAGGAUGAAUACAGUACUUCUUGGAAAAGUGAUCGUCAAGGGAUCUAAUUACGACCAACUAAUCGGAGCGAGGUGCUAUAGGCAGACUAGGUCUAGCAAUCUUAUGGAUUUUAAAUAUCAUGAAACGUUCUCUACCGAGCGAUACGUCGUGGUGUGUAAAAAAUUGAUUGCUACAGCCUAUGCUCUGUCGUAGCGAUCUUGCACGACGUGUGUCGCAAUUUCACAUAUAUACCUAUAAAAUAUGCUAGUUGUAUAGACGAAUUGAACAUAUUACGUUGUGUAUCGCACGUGUAAUACUGGUCGUUGGUAGAAUAUUCACAAUAGACUUCGUGGCGGUUCGUGUACGCUCGCCACUAGAGGAACUCGCAUCAAACCAAUUUUCGAAACUAUGCCUUUCAUACAGCAAGUAUGUCCUCUUAUGUAAUCUCCACCAUCCAGCUAUUCAAGAAUUUAAAGCUCGCUGAAUGGCAAGUUUUAUUCCGACGAGUUCGCUAGGAGACGCUAAAGUUUAGCCUAAACGCAUCUUCCUAAUUCUUUCUCAUUCGUUCGUCCUUUUCUCUUUCUCUGUUUCUCUAUUUUCUGUUGCGUCUUAUAUUUGGACGACAGUUUUGUGUCCAUAAAAAAUUCAUCGGAAUCUCAAAGAAUUAUUGUUCGAGCGAAGAAUACCGCUUGUAGCGAAAAGGAAGAAACGUGACGAGGAAAAAUGUGAUCACUUAUGCCAGAGGUACUGUGUACAGUAUAAAUACAAUAUUAUACGCAGACGCAUAACGAAUGAUUUUCAUUUCUCUAACAAACGAGUAUAAAGUUUCGAUUACAAUGAUGUUACUUGCUUUUUCUCUUUACGUUGUUUAUUCUAACAAUAUUUCUACAAUUUAUCGAACGUUAGUUAUAAUUUAAUUUCAUACGUUAAAUGUUUCAUUCGUUAUGGUUGAAUAUUUACAACGUCGUCUUUUACUUUAGUAUUUUAUAGGCAAUAUUUUUAAUAUCACCGUCAACAGACUUUUUCCAACCGAGAGAGAAAGUAUUUAGCAUUGCAUAGCUUGUGAUAUGCAACGUGUACGUGUGUGUGCGUCUGUAUAUACGUGGGAAUGGUUCGAGUAUAAAAAAUCCUCCUAACGUUCUCGGUUGAAGAGAAACGCAGAGACGCAGAUCAAACAAUUUGGCCUAACGCGAAAAGUUUCUGCCGUUAGUUUCAUCUUUUGACGAGUGUGAAUCUGUAAUUGAGAGGAGCGAUGAUGUGGUCUUGACUCACGAUACGUAUACAGGGUGUUAAAAAAAUGAA